AUGAACAAGAUAUCAUCAACGUCCCUAAUAGGUGGAGCAGUGGUAGUGGCCAUGGCGGUAGGAUUGUACCUUGGCGUAGCGAAAAGAGGCUUACCUCCUGAAGGACUUGGAAUGGGUUUGUGGAGGAAAAUAAAAAGAAAGAAGAAGCCAUUGCGCGUGUAUAUGGACGGUUGUUUUGACAUGAUGCAUUACGGUCACUGCAAUGCCCUCCGUCAAGCUCGUGCAGUGGGCGACCAAUUGGUGGUGGGGGUAGUUAGCGAUGCGGAAAUCAUUGCAAACAAAGGCCCUCCUGUAACUCCUAUGCAUGAAAGGAUGAUAAUGGUAAAGGCGGUGAAGUGGGUGGAUGAGGUCAUUUCUGAUGCGCCGUAUGCAAUCACCGAAGAUUUCAUGAAGAAGCUGUUCGAUGAAUACAAGAUGGACUACAUUAUUCACGGCGAUGACCCUUGUGUUCUUCCCGAUGGAACUGAUGCUUAUGCUGUUGCUAAGAAGGCUGGUCGUUUUAAGCAGAUUAAGCGCACCGAAGGCAUCUCUAGCACUGACAUUGUCGGCCGAUUGCUUCUUUGUGUAAGAGAAAGAUCAGUUAGUGACAGUCAUAAUCAUUCCUCUCUACAAAGACAAUUCAGCCACGGGCACAGCCAAAAAUUUGAGGAUGGUGGAUCUGGAUCUAGAUCUGGAACUCGCGUAUCUCAUUUUCUACCAACAUCCCGCAGAAUCGUGCAAUUUUCAAACGGAAAGGGCCCAGGACCAAACGCUCACAUUGUUUAUAUAGAUGGUGCAUUUGAUCUUUUCCAUGCUGGACAUGUUGAGAUUCUGCGUGUUGCCCGAGAACUGGGAGAUUUUCUUCUCGUUGGUACCCACAAUGAUCAAACUAUCAGUGCUAAACGAGGUACUCAUCGCCCUAUCAUGAAUCUACAUGAAAGAAGCUUAAGUGUUUUAGCUUGUCGCUAUGUGGAUGAGGUGAUAAUCGGUGCUCCAUGGGAAGUGUCUAAAGACAUGAUCACAACUUUUAAUAUAUCAUUAGUUGUCCAUGGAACAGUGGCAGAGAGCAGUGAUUUUCAGAAGGAAAAAGAUAACCCUUAUGAUGUUCCAAUUAGUAUGGGAAUUUUCAAAGUUCUAGAAAGUCCACUCGACAUUACAACUACCACAAUAAUUAAGAGGAUUGUAGCAAAUCAUAAAGCUUACCAGAAACGUAAUGAGAAGAAGGUUGCAAGUGAGAAAAGAUAUUAUGACAAUAAAACUUAUGUUUCCAGCGACUGA